AUGGCGAGCAGCAGAUCAAUUGCAAAGACGCUGAAGAAUGCCAUUCGGAUCUGUGGGGCGAAUCGUGAAUGUCCGAACUGCCAUUACCUUAUAGUUGUUAACAGUGGUGUUUCGCCUCAGUGGUCCGACCUUCCAAUCGGAGUGAAGUUUGAUCCAUCGGACACUGAGCUUUUAAAGCAUUUAGCUGCAAAAUGCGGCGUUGGAGGCUCCAGAGCACAUCCGUUUAUCCAUGAUUUUAUCCCUGCGCUUGAGGAGGAUCAGGGAAUUUGCUACACUCAUCCUGAAAAUCUUCCUGGUGCAAAGAAUGACGGAAGCAGUAUUUACUUCUUUCAUCGAAUGAUCAAUGCUUACGGUACCGGUCGACGAAAGCGUCGCAGAAUCCAAAACCGAUAUAAUAUCACCGAGGAGUAUCGAUGGCAUAAGACCGGAAAGACCAAACCUGUCAUAGAAAAUGGAAUUCACCAGGGCUGGAAGAAGAUCAUGGUUCUCUAUAAAAGUUCGAAGCGAGUUCGUAAAUCCGAAAAGUCGAAUUGGGUGAUGCAUCAGUACCAUUUAGGGGCUGAAGAAGAAGAGCGUGAUGGGGAGUAUGUGGUUUCUAAAAUCUCAUAUCGACAGCCAAAACAAACUAAGAAGAGUGAUGAUAGAAUAAGCAUUGAAGAGCCGGAUAACUCCAUCAUUCGCACUAGUACUCCCACGAUGAACCCUAAAACGAUUACUCCGAAUCGACCUUGGCCACAAAAAUCAAUGAUGUAUGAAGAUGACAUUGUCGAAGACGUGCACCAGGAUGCUGCGAUUUCGGAAAUGAAUCGCUUGGAUAAUUCCGUCCGUGCUCCUGGCACAACGGAGGCGUCGACCGGAAAUAAAUAUACGUGUACUUGCGGAAUUUCCGAGCUUGAGAACUUGGAAUUUAGUUCCAUGGAAAACAUUUUUUCAUGGUUAGACCAGUUAUAA